AUGGGUCUCUCCAAGCAGGUUUGGUACAACUGGUACGCCGGGCUCGUGGCGGCCGGGUGCAUAAUUCUCAUGGGCUAUGACUCGAGUGUCUUCAACUCGGUGCAGGCUUCCCAGAACUGGAAGUCAGCCAUGGGCGAUCCCGACCCUUACAUGAUUGGUCUCGUCAACACCGUCUACACGAUUGGCGCAAUCAUCACAGGAUGGUUCCUUAGCGGUCCUACAUCCGAUUACCUUGGCCGUCGAAUUGGCAUGGGCAUUGGCUGCAUGAUCACCGUCGUCGCCACAGUUUUACAGGCCUUCCCGCCGGCUAAUGGAAGUCUGGCCUGUUUCAUGGUCGGCCGUGUUCUCAUCGGCGUUGGGACAGCUUUAGCUACUAGUAACUUCUGGCCCCAUCUACAUCGCGAGGUGACCGCGUCCAGAAUCCGAGGAAAAGUCAAGUCCUUCUGGCAGAUGUUCUUCUCAGUCGAAUCUUUUCUCGCCUAUUGGUUCAACUUCGCCUGUGCCAGGAACCGGGCGAGUCUUGGCCAUUGGGACUGGAAGAUGGUCGUCAUCUUUCAGCUGAUGAUGCCACUGAUCAUUUGCGCCCAGCUCCCCUUCCUUCCCGAGUCCCCCCGCUGGCUGAUCGCCAAGAAGAAUGACUACAAAGGCGCAAAGGCUGCGCUGAUGAGGGUGCGAUCGACCGAGGAAGUCGACGCCGAGAUUCUCAGCAUCCGGAAGGCCAUUGCCUACGAAAAGGAGGCGGCCCCCCGCAAGCACGAAGCCUACAUGGCCCUCAUCAAGGACAAGGCCAUCCGCAAGCAUGUUAUUCUCGCCUUCAUCAUCAACAACGUGUUCAACAAUGUCGAUACCGUCAACUUGAUCAACGCUCUCAACCGCAUGCUUGGCAUCCUAUUCACCCUUAAGGCUACUUGGACUGUCGAUCGAUUCGGACGAAAGUGGCCCUUCAUGGUUGGUGCCACUGGCAUGGCUAUCUGCACAAUGCUCAUUGGUGUCGUCGGUUUGACGACCCUUGAUAUCAACGGCUCCAAGACCUACAGCGUCGGCGUUGGAAUUGCCACGCUCGCUUUCGCCUUUGCCUUUUUCUUCAAGCCAUCCUGGGGCGCUGUGGUCUGGAUUCAUACAUUAGAGAUCUUCCCAAUGCAUGUCCGCGCCAGGGUACCGGCAUGCCUUAAAGUGCUCUUCUUCUUCAUGACCACCAACGUCCUCCUGACCUUCUUCACCUACCUUUUCCUUCCCGAGACCAAGAACGUGACUCUGGAGCAAAUGGACACAUUGUUUGGCGGCGUUGACCAUGUCGCAAAGGGCCCAGGCCUUGUCGAAGACAUGGAGCACACCGCACCCAUUACUCUCGGCAACGAAAACAAGCCUGAGUCUGUCGCUCUGGAGACGGUUACCAAAAAGCAGGAGUCCGUCUAA